ACAGCUAGACACUCAGAUUUAUUUUAGCGUUAGCUCUGUUCCUCUGCGGUGUGCAUCAAGUCAAGAUCAAGCAUCUCCUAUACAUGGAUUCUGCAUCUGAGAGAGUGAGAACUUCCCUUUUUCUGACCAUCACUGUUCUCAGCGUGAUCCAAGGUCUAUCUGAUGAGGGGUGGCAGAUUAACAUCUCUCAUUCCUCUGUCUGUGCUGUUGCCGGGUCAACAGUGGUCAUUCUAUGCUCUUUCACUCAUCCUCCCAACGUCACGGUGAAGAAGGUUUUGUGGACUGUCAAUCACAUGUUGGACAAAGAUUUCUUAGAGUAUCCAGAGUACAUGAGCAGAGUUCAGCACAGUGGUGAUAUGAAGAACAACUGCACACUGGCUCUCAGAGAGGUGGACCUAUCAGACAGUAAAGUGUAUUUUGUGAGGAUUGUAGCAGAACAGGAAGUGUAUCCUCUGACAACAGAGCCAAUCAGAUUCAUGCUAUCAGUCACUGAGCUUUCUGUUGAAGUGUCUGGGUCUGUGGUUGAGGGAGGAGAGGCAAGGCUGAGAUGCAGACGCUCCUGUGGGUUUGAUGACAACAACCCCACGGUUACAUGGAGGAAGAACGGCCAAGAUGUACUUAGACAAACAAACAACAGCGAUCUUGUCCUCCAGAACAUCAGGAUUGACGAUGAGGGUGAUUAUUCUUGUGCGUUAAAAGGUCGUGAAAAACAUCCAUCUAAAGCAGUGGCGCUCAGAGUGAUGUAUGCCCCAAAGAACAUAUUGGCAUCUAUAAGUCCUACAGGUGAUGUACCUGAAGGCAGUUCAGUGAAUCUGACCUGCAACAGUGAUGCCAACCCACCAGCGGAGAACUACACCUGGUUUAAGAGUGGAACUGUCCCCUCCCACAUAGGAUCUGGGCAGACGCACAGGAUCAUUGACCUCAACUCUGAUCAUACUGGACAGUACUACUGUGAGGGACAGAACUCAGUCGGCCUCAGCAAAUCUCCUGAGGUUUAUCUGGAGGUGCAAUAUGCUCCAAAAAACACUUCAGCAUUGGUCAGUCCCUCUGGUGGAAUAGUGGAGGGCACUUCAGUGACUCUGACCUGCAGCAGUGAUGCCAACCCAUCAGUGGAGAACUACACGUGGUUUAAGAAGAUUGGAGUAACCAUCUCAGAGUUAGUUACGGAGCAAGUUUACACCAUUCCCAAGGUCAGCUACCAACACACUGGCUACUACUACUGUGAGGCCAAGAACCAGUAUGGUGCCAGUAAUUCUUCUGAUGUUAACCUGGAUGUGGAGUGUGAGUAUCUAACAGUCGGAGUCACUGUAGCAAUACAUGAACAUAUACUCUUAGGUUGCCUUCACACUUGGUCCAUUUAACUGGACCGAACCAGAGUGUGAUUAGUCCCCCCAAACCCUGACCCAGCUGAUUCACUGUAGCAACACAUGACCUUCAAAUAUACAUAUUUCACAUCACUAAAU